AUGCAAGCUUCCGCACAACAGCAGCAACAGAUUCAGCGCCAACAAAUGCUCAUGGCCCAGAAUCGAGCCUUGCAAGCAAUGGCCGCCAGGCAACAAGCGCUCGCAGACCCAGCCACUCAACAAGUCGGAGAAAACAGCAAUAAUGACCAAGAGAUGCACAACACAUCCAGAUCAAUAGGGCAUGCGACAAUCACCCCAGAGCCAAAACCAAACGGCCUGAUGACUUUCCAAGCAAUCUGCCAAACCAGAUCGCCCCAAGAAGUCGAGCGCAUGCUCUCAACAACCCAACCAACUCCCCAAAUCCUAAAUUUUGGCCUGGAAGCCGCCUUAACCGGCUCAAACGUCGCCGUCGCCCAAUAUCUUCUGUCCAACCACGCCCCCAUCACCACAUCAACGGCGGAAAAGAUCUUCCACACCACCAACCCAAACCCCAACCCCACGCUAACAGACCGCCAAAUCGCUCUCUUCGAGCUCCUAACCCAACACGGCUGGACCCCCAACUCCCCAGGAAGUACCGGCGCUCCACUACUACCACAGGUAGCAGCGACCAACAACACAGCGCUACUACGCUGGUUUCUAACGCAUGGGGCAAACCCCAAUUUCGGCAUCCGGCGACUUGUCACGACGAACGGAGCAACAGAUCAAUUAAGCUACGAGUCAUGCGCGGCUCUAGAAUCCGCAUCUGCAAAAGCCGAUAUCGAAGCUGUACAAAUGCUCUUUGACGCCGGUGCCGAGAUUCGAUACGGCUACCCUCUUCACUACGCUGCUGGUGCCCUUCCUGUCCCUGUUGGCAGGGGAUCGGAAUUAUUUGACGCGGAUCGCAGAAUUCCUAUUAUGCAGCUCCUGCUUGAGCGUGGAGCGGAUGUUAAUCAGAAAGGGGAGACGGAGCUUGUGGCGCAUCAUCCUAUAAUGUAUGCUGUAAUGGCUGGGGCUGUGCAGAGGGUUAGGUGGUUGCUUGAACGCGGGGCCGAUCCUGAGGCGAGGGGGGUCUUGGGGAGUGCGGUUGAGACUGCUUUUGUUAUGGGGAGUGAGGAGAUGAAGGCUGUUAUGGAGGUGGGGAUUCGGGCGCGGAGGUUUGGUGGCGAGGCUAGUUUUGCGGGGGAGGUGCUUGCCAUUCGGCCUAAGCCGAGUAGUGGGUAG